AUGAUGAAGAUCCCUAGCGAGGAGACACGCGGACUCACUUGGUACAAAAGCGCCACGUACCAAGGAACUAUCUACGUGAACGUGAAGUCCGAGGAAAAGAAAGCGACGUGCAAGCUGAAUGAAGGUAGAUGGGAAGUGGGAGACUUAUUAGAGCUGAAUUGGGGAUGGGCUUACUCAUGUUCUCAUUGUGUGAUAGAGAACGUGUCCUACCGUCAGCGCCGCUGCUCCGGGACGUGGACCGGCCCUGCCUACCGUUAUGAUCGUAGGAAGAUCGACUGGUAUGACUCGGAAAAAGAACUAUGGACGACUUUGAAGGGUUUAGAAAGAGUGCACUGGACGUUAUUCUCUACUAGAGGUCGUGUUAUAUUAACGGAUUAUGGUGGGAAGAGGGCUGUUUUGUGGGAAGAGAAUGUGCCUACUAUUAAGGAGACGAAAAUUUGGUGUGCAGAAAUCGCGGUUGAUAAACGCCAAAAAGGAGAGAUUUGGGGAAUGCUGGAGUGGUGUGACGUUGUGUAUACAGCCAAUGAUAGAGAUAGUUUAGUGCAUGCUCUUACUACUACCAUUUGA